AUGAAGCUCGCCGCCUCUGCUGUAGCGGCGGCUGCCCUCGUCGACGUGGCUGUCGCCUCUGUCCCAGCCAUCGUCAUUAAGGGAUCCAAAUUCUUCUAUGAGAACAACGGCACGGAAUUCUUCAUCCGUGGUGUGGCCUACCAGCCCCCCUAUGAUGGCACUGGCACGACGACCUCCGCUGGCACGGUCGAUUUCGUCGAUCCCCUUGCCAACGAGACCAUCUGCAAGCGGGAUCUGCCCUACCUGCAGGAACUCAACACCAACGUGGUCCGUGUUUACGACGUUGACCCGAACGCGGACCACAGCACCUGCAUGAACCUGCUGGCUGAUGCCGGCAUCUACGUGCUGGCGGAUUUGUCCUCAGCGGACUACUCCAUCGACAGCAGCGACCCGGAGUGGAACCUGGAGUUGUACGACUACUACGCCAGCGUGGUCGACUCGCUGGCCAACUACACCAACACUCUGGGUUUCUUCGCGGGUAACGAGAACUCCAACAGUGUCAACACCACCGGUGCCAGUGCCUACGUCAAGGCCGCCGUGCGUGACAUGAAGGCCUACAUCAAGUCCAAGAACUACCGCAGCAUCGGUGUCGGUUACUCCGCCGCUGAUGUCUCGGAGAUCCGUACCGACCUCGUUGACUACUUCAACUGCGGUGACUCGGACGAUUCCGUCGACUUCUUCGGUGACAACGUCUACGAGUGGUGCGGUGACUCCAGCUACACUGAGUCCGGCUACAAUGUCAUGACCGAGGAUCUGAGCAACCUGUCCAUCCCUUACUUCUUCUCCGAGUACGGUUGUAUCACCGUCCAGCCCCGUUCCUUCAGCAACGUCCCCGUCAUGUACGGUCCUAAGAUGGAUGGCUGGCUCGCCGGUGGUAUUGUCUACGAGUACUUCCAGGAUGCCAACGACUACGGUCUGGUCACCAUCUCCGACGGCUCCGUCAGCACCCUGACGGGCUUCUCCUCCUACUCCGAGGAGAUCAACAGCGUCAGCCCCACCGGAACCAACAGCGCCAGCUACACCCCCACCAACACUGUCGCGCGGUCUUGCCCGACCGUCGGCUCCAGCUGGGAAGCCGCCAGCGCCUUGCCCCCGGCCCCCAACUCGGAACUCUGCUCCUGCAUGGAAGAGACCCUCACCUGCGUCGUGAAGGACAGCGUCUCCUCGAAGAAGUACUCCGACCUGUACAGCACCGUCUGCGGAUACGGCGUGUGCGCGGGUAUCACCGGCAACACCACCACCGGAGAGUACGGUGCGUACAGCAUGUGCAACACCAAGCAGAUGCUCAACUGGGCCCUGAACGCCUACUACGAGGAGCAGAAGUCGGCGGGCAACGGUGCCUCGGCCUGUGACUUUGCUGGCUCGGCUACCACCACUUCGACUACUUCUCCUACCGGUACUUGCUCUUCUCUGCUCAAGGCUGUUGGCACCGCUGUUACGGGUACUGUCUCGUUGUCUGCGGCUGCUGGCACCAGCACUGGUGACUCCAGCAGCAGCGGUAGCUCCGAGAGUAGCUCCGCUGGUGUGCCUGGGUACAUGACCUACACUGCUACCCUGGGUCUGGGUCAGUUGGUUGCGUUUGUUGCUGUUGGUGUGUUGUCCGGUACCGGAAUGAUUCUUUUGUAG